AUGAAGGCGCUGGCAAUUGCUUUUAAGAAAGUGGACAGAGACACGGCCAUGUCAGCUACUAAAUAUUCACAUCCAUUCCUAAAUGGCUUAAAGCCACUUCCUGAAGGCUAUGAGGAAGAAUUACAACAGUUACGAGAAUGGAUGAAAAGUCAACCACAUUUGCCCUAUAUAUCGGAUGAAUAUAUAUUUCUAUUUUUACAUUCCAAUUAUUACAAAGUUAAGGAAACGAAGGAUACGAUAGAAUGCUAUUUCACAUUAAGAAACAAUAGUCCCGACCUGUUUACCAACCGCGAUCCUCUGUUACCAAAGAACAAGACGAUACUUGAUAUCACACAUAUGGUAGCUUUGCCGAAACUGUCGACGGAGGGCUACCAUAUUUUGCUCUAUCGCCUCGCAGACACCGACUACAGCAAACUAAACUUUGCGGACGCAGUGCGCGUGUUCUGCAUGUUUAAUGACAUCAAACUGUCGGAAGAUCGCCUCUCAGAAGGAUACAUUGUCAUUUUCGAUAUGAAAGGAUGUAGCUUGGGGCAUUUGACUAGAGUCACACUGCCUGCUUUAAGAGCGUUCAUGCACUAUAUUCAGAACGCCCACCCAUGCCGUCUGAAGAAGAUCCAUGUAGUGCACACCGUCUCUUUUAUCAACCAAGUGAUGUGUCUCGUGAAGCCUCUCAUACAUUCUAACCUUCUCAAUCUCCUUAACUUCUCAUCAGAAGGCCCGGCUUCGGUAGUAGACGUGGAGCUCCUCCCAGAAGACUAUGGCGGCGCUCAGCCUUCUACAAGUAAAUUACAUGAAGAACAAAGAAAAAAUAUGCAAAUGAAUUACAGAGAUUGGCUAAUAGAGUCGGAAAUAUUUAAGGUAGAUGAGAAAAAGCGCAUCAAAAAACCUAGUAAAGGUAUGUUCGCUAGCUUCACCAGUAGUUUUAAAAGUUUGGAUAUUGAC